UAAUAACCAACCACAACUACCAGUUUGCGGGUCCUUACUUUAAGGUCCAUAUAAUGAGGACACCUUCUUCCUUGCAGUACGCCCAGUGCCAGCCUUCCCAUUUUGAAGUACAAAGUCCUAAAGUUUGCGUUAGUCUCUUCUAAUCGACGAAAUGACUACUGACGAAGGAAGCAUUCUUGCCAAGUCCGUUCAGACACCGACGAACGGCUCCGCAAUCCUGACGAAGCAGACCGGUUCGGUGAAAUCGAGGAAGUCCGCAACCCCCAAAAUUGAGAAAAGUGCCUCCCACCUCGAGCUCGCCUCAGACCGAGAGCCGGCACCCAAGGCCACCAGUCAGGGCGCGCGCCCCUUGAAGCCUGCAACCAUAGUGCCUCCGUCUGCGGACGCCGUGGCCAGUGGCUUGACUAGCGGUCCCAAGGAAACCACGGGUGUCGGAGACAAGUCAAAGGCGCAGUUCGACGAAAAAGACCAGCGAGGGUAUGACAAGGCGCCAGCAGGUCCUGGUGCAAUCGCUGGCGUGCUAAUAGGCUUGUUCUGUUCACUCGUCGGAUUCGCCGUGCUCGCUUUCGCCAUGGCCAUCUCGCGACACGCGGAGGAAGUCGCUGACUGGUCAAUGUCCUGCGAAACAGAGCAGUGUCACGAGGCGCUCAAGCUGCUCGACACGUCGGGGAACUUGACAGUGGACCCAUGUCACAACUUCUAUGACUACGUUUGCUACCGAUGGACGCAGAACGGCAGUUUCAUGGAAGACAUCAUGACGGAUUUUUAUUCCCUCCUGGACAGCAUCAUCAUGCCAGGCGAACAACCUUACCCGGACGCCUACGGAUCGCACAUUUUCUUCCACACAUACAGGCAAGCAUGUGCUAUGUGGAUACUGUCAGACACUAAUUAA